UACGUUUAUUUCGCUCGUGUAGAUGAGAGAAGCUUCAGCCAGGCGCGGAUCGCGAGUCGCGACCAGUCGUUCAGUUCGGCGGUCCUGCAGCCGCUAUAUUUGUAAUGAUCAGUAGACUGGAAGACGCAGCUCGACGCAGGCCGCAGGAUCGAGUUUGGCGUUCGGUUUUCGGUACGGUGUGCAUGUGCAUUGGGCGUCCGCUCUGGUUUGUUUGCAAACAGUUUCGCACGCCGAAGAUGGAUUGGAGGGACCACGUGUGACAGUGCUGCUACACUCUUUCGUUCGACUUGUUGUCACCAAAUAUGAAUAAUUCCAGCUGUGACAUAAAAUCAGGUGCCCGUUAAUGGAUCAGCAAUGGAAUAUGAUAGCGAUUAUUCAUGGAACUCCUCAUAUGUUUAUGGAUUCGAUAAGGAAAGCGGUUGGGGUGACCGAUAUUUUUUCACCUAUUUUACUGAACUGAACACUCGACCUCCAGCAUUCAUCGCUGUUGAAUUCACGAUAUUUGCGUUGAUAUUUUUAAUAUCCAUCACCGCAAACUUAUCUAUAGUAAUAUGUGUGUCCAGGUUCCCGGACAUGCGAACGGUGACGAAUUGUUUCGUUUUGAAUUUGGCUGCGGCAGAUUUAUUAUUCGCCAUAACGAUACCGACUGUGGCUUACACGAGAAUCGUCGCCGUUUGGAAGCUGGGAAAUAUCGCAUGUAAAAUCAUUCCAUACAUUCAGUUCGUCUCCGGAAUAGUACUACUAUGGACUCUCGCUCUGAUAAGCAUCGACCGCCACCGCUGCAUAGUAAUACCCCCCUAUCGUUCCAAGAUGUCUCCCAAACAAGCUGCCAUUUAUUCUUCCAUAAUCUGGCUGUCGACAGCCGUCAUCUUUAUCCCCGUCUUACUGUGGUUCCGCGAGGUGACCAGCGACAAAGGCGACGCAGUCUGCACGCUGAUCUUCCCCAAAUCCAACAACAUACACUACUCUCUUUGUUUUAUAAUUCCAGUCAUAUUAUUCGCAUGUUUGCUUCCGAUGUCACUGCUAGUCUACCACUACCACAGGAUAUUCCAAAAGAUCCUAUCGACCAAGAACGCAUGGGCCACAUCGUGUGUCAUGUUGAGCGCCGUCGAAAUAAAAAACUGCAACCGUUCCCAAACGAGGAGGCAAAGCGAGCUCAGUCUUUCGGAUAUAUUUGUUCCUUGGACUAGAAAAUUCUCCGCUCAAUAUUCAUCGUCCUCGCCCAGCGGGUCCAACAGCAAUCCAAGACACGGGUCAAUGUCGCAGCACGAAGAGAUGAGACUGAACAAACACAUUAAAGUAGUUAGGGUGCUGUUCCUGAAUGUGAUCGUCGUUUUAGUCAUGUGGCUGCCCAUCACUGUGGUGAUGUUGCUCAUAUACAUCGACGGCAGACGGGCGAACGAAGACAAGAACUUCUUUCUGCGCUCGUAUCAUUUUGUCGCCGCACUGGCCAUUGCGUUUCUCAACACGUUGGUUAAUCCUGUAUUGUACGGUGUCCUUUCGGACAACUUCAGGGCCUGUUUAAUACGCAUUUGGUGUAGAAAGGGCGGAACCAAGAGCGCAGACAUUAUAAAGGAUCCAGUCACCCCGUCUAGCGGGAGACAAAAUGGAAAUGCGAAGUCUGUUAAAAAACAAAGUUUUAUAAACUCAGUGAGUGAGAACCAGAAUGAUGUGCCGUAAAUUAGAUUCGCUUCGACACGGUCGUAAGCGGUCAUAGCAUUUAUAUUGACCUCCUACACAUAAAGCAACAGUCUAUUUUUUACAGUUGGUAAUUUUCAGGCUGGUUGUAUGCCCUUUGUCUCCACCAGGAGUUUCGAGGAUUGCUUGUUUAGUUUUAAUCAGCAUGCAAAUGAAUGUUUUUGUUACAGAAUAUGUGAAUAUGGAAUUAAGGUAUUAUUGGUUUUUAUGUUCGUCAUUAAACGUAAAAUGGCAAAACUACCAUACAUAAUUCUUAAUACAGUUGAAUUAAUUGUCAGUAUUAAAUGAGUUGCGAGGAGGUUAAUAAGUUUGCUAUAACCGCAUACACAACAACAAAUUAUUUACGAUGAAAGAUAACAUUAUUCAAUUAUAUAAUACUCAUUUGAAAAGUCAAUACUAGAUCUAUGUGUUUUGAACAAUGUUGUUUAAUUAAAAGAAAAUUAAACACUUAGAAGAGUAGAGUUAAAAGUUACUGGAGGACUGAUGAUUUUAAGACAUACUUUGUUGUUGUGUAUCAUUAUAGAGUAUUAUGUGACGUCAAUACGGGUGAUAAACUUUAUGGGUGGAAAUGUAAGCUACCUAUAUGUAUGAAAUGUUAAUUUGAUGUAUUAUUAUAACUUUAACAUUCCAAUAGAGUAGAUGAACAUGUAAUUAAUUACUUUACAAUGUAUGAAUGAAGUAUUAAUUGAUGAGGGAUGUCGUAAUUAAAUCAGAGUUUCAGUCUGCUUUGCAAGAGUGACCUAAUUAUUUGUUACUCUUUAUAAAUUUAGGAACAAUUGUAAUUGUGUUUUUUUUUGUCAAUUGGGAUGAAUAUGAUUCAUACUAUUUAUUUCCAUUUUUGCAUAUUAGAUGUACAAGUAUUGUAAUUAAUCUAAUUCGUGACUGUUCCAUUCAAAAUAUAGUCAAUUGUUAGAAUUAAGU